AUGGAACUCACAAUGGAGAACCUCGGGAACCUUCACGGCGUCUCCUCGCACGCGCAGGCGGGGGAACUCAUGAGCUCACCGCACGCGCGGCCGUCGCCGUCUCCUGGUUCGUCUCACCGGAACCUGGUCUCGCACGCCCAGGGCGCGCGGUCAGCCAUGGUCUCCAGCAUGGCAUCUAUCCUCGACGGGUCCGGCGGGGACUACAGGACGGACCACUCGGGGCUCUCCGGACACCUCCACCCGUCCAUCAGCAUGUGCGAGUCCGGGAUGAGUCUCCCAAACAGUUACGCCACCCUCACCCCUCUCCAGCACCUACCUCCAAUAUCCACCGUGUCCGACAAGUUCCACCACCCGCACCCGCACUCCCACCACCACGCCGCCGCCGCCCAUCAGCGACUCUCCGCCGGGAACGUCAGCGGCAGCUUUACGCUCAUGCGGGACGACCACCGGGGGCUCGCAUCCAUGGGUAACCUGUACUCCCACUAUCCUAAAGAGAUGCCCGUGUCCGGCAUGGGACACGGCUCGCUUUCUCCGCUGUCUAACGGGCUGGGAUCUUUGCACAACUCCCAGCAGCCGUUGUCCGCCUACGGGCCGGGCGCUCACCUCUCCGCCGAGGGGAAGAUGCUGUCCCCGGUGUCGGGCUUCGAGUCCCACGCGUCGAUGCUCUCGCGGAGUGACCAGGAGCACCUGGCCAGGAGCCUAGGCGGCCACGGCCACGGCAUGAUCUCCAACCUCAACGGCAUGCACCAUCACCCCCACAGCCACCUCCACGCGCAGGCGAACGGGGCGGUGAUGCUGGGGGAGCGGGAGCGGCACUGCCAGGCGGGCGGGCAGGGCGCGGGGUCGGGCAUCCAGGCGGAGGAGAUCAACACCAAGGAGGUGGCUCAGAGGAUAACGGCGGAGUUGAAGCGCUACUCGAUCCCGCAGGCCAUUUUCGCCCAGAGGAUCCUAUGCCGAUCCCAGGGCACCCUGUCGGACCUGCUAAGGAACCCCAAACCCUGGAGUAAACUCAAGUCGGGUCGUGAGACCUUCCGGAGGAUGUGGAAGUGGCUGCAGGAGCCAGAGUUUCAGCGGAUGUCUGCUCUUCGGCUCGCUGCAUGUAAACGCAAGGAGCAAGAACAGGGGCGGGAGCGCAGCCAGUUGCCAAAGAAGCAGCGAUUGGUCUUCACAGACCUGCAGCGUCGCACCCUGGUAGCCAUCUUCAGGGAGAACCGGCGGCCGUCCAAGGAGAUGCAGGUCACCAUCUCCCAGCAGCUGGGCCUGGAGCUCUCCACCGUCUCCAACUUCUUCAUGAACUCCCGCCGCCGCUCCCGGGACCUCUGGGCCACCGAGGACCAGAGCCACGGCCAUUCACCGAUCCAGCCCGGCACGUCCUCCGCGCCCACCUUCUCCAAAGCCUAG